UAUGACAUAACGCAAUUCGUUAUACCGAAUUGGAUACUUCGUUUGUAUAAUAAAACAGGAGUUGAUCCUCAAACAAACGCCAUAAUGCAUAGGCUUGGACCGGAACUUCGCUUUGACAACACAAAGUCAAAAAAAUUGUUGAAAAUGGAGUACACUGAUCCGCAGGAAUCAAUAAUCGACAUGAUGUAUAGUAUGAUUGAGCAUGGCAUGGUGAAACGUACGUCCAAGUUCAAACCACCACCUAAUCCAUCUAACAAGGUUCGUUGUCGUCGGAUUGUAGAUCCGCGUUCAUCUUCUACAAUCAUUUAA